AUGGCUCACAAGUACUCAAGAUCAGAAAAGGAAAAAUGGACUGCGAAACCCACCACCUCUAGGAAGAAAUCUCCUAUAAAGAUACCAGCCAGCAACAAUGAGGCUCUAAUUGCUAACAACCUCCUCACGCUCAUUGGACGAGUAACUAACCCCCGCUUCCAAAGGCCACGAGCAAUAGUUGACAUUAUGCCUCAAAUCUGGAAUCUUGAAGGACGAGUAGAAGGCAGAGACCUUGGGCCUGAGCUCUUUCAAUUCAAGUUUGAAUCGGAAAGGGACCUGCUCUCAGUACUAGCUAACGGCCCUUACCAUCACAAACGGUGGAUGAUUCUUUUACAGCGUUGGGAGCCAAUCAUAUCUCCGACAUUCCCAUCAAUCAUAUCCUUUUGGGUACGGAUCCAUGGCAUCCCACUUCACUUCUGGGAUGACCAGACGUUGUAUACGAUCGGUAAUUCAUUGGGUCACGUCUCUAUUCGGGAUGUCAAAGAUGCUCGGGUUAGAGUAGAUAUCAAUGGCCUGCUUCCCUUGGAAAUGAAGGCAGAGAUAGAGCUCCCCUCCGGUGAUGUUACCGAAGUAGAAUUCGAAUAUGUGAAGAUAGAAAAGCACUGUUUCACCUGCUUUUCCCUGUCUCAUGAAGAAGAAGAAUGUCCACACAGACAACCGGGGGAUCCUCCUGCAAAGGAAAGAAAGUUGGGAAUCACCCAGGCCAUUGCUCUGGACUGCAUUGAGGCUGCAAAAAGAAGACACGAUGAGAGAAGAGGGUACUAUCCUCCGGCCCAACGAGCUCCUUCAACUCAGGACGAUAGAAAGUCCUACCAUCGACGGGAUCAAAACUCCUCUGCAUAUAGAGGUUCUAUGGAAUAUGUUCGAAGACCACCUGCACUUAAUUCUCAACGGUCGGAGGUCUCUAUACCCUCCAAUGAUCAUCGUGAACAAGCUCGUCGUAAUUCCCGCAGUAGAUUGGAUUGGCGUAUCAGACAAGAUAACAACAAUUCAAUUGUCUCUAACUCUCAUAUUCAAAAAAGUGAGAGGUCUGUGCUUCAAGAGACAAACCAAGCAUCACCUGGCCAAGCGACAGGGGGAUCUCAUCAGAGACAAAAUGGAUCAGUCUCCUCGCACACCCCACCACCUCUCCCCCCGAGAGAGAGGAUAGAUCUUUCGGGGAACUCGAACCCGACAGAGUCGGGUAAAUCUAGUGAGAGGCGAUCAGCCCUACUCCGACUGGCAGAACCUGAUCUUCACGACCAGCUUCCCAAACGCUCUUCAAUAAGUGGGGAAAGUAGGCUACAUGAGGUUAUUAUUGGCAGUGAAGGUGCAGCACCUCUGGGAAGCCCCCCUGGGAGGGGAACGUCAGGACCUAGUGCACAGGUAACUACAUCACCCACGGUGGAACAAGUCAGAGCUCCAGCCUCGGAAAGACUAGGAGGUCUCGCAUCCUUGGGAAGCAAGGAAAAAACCAGAGCAACGUUGAAUCAAACCGUAGCGGUAACCUCCACUAAAAGAUCUGCUGCUGCUGUUGCUGACUCCGUAAAAGUCCCUAAACGAAGAACCACUGCAAGUAGAAGGGUAGCUAGAAGCCCGAUGCAGGGCAUCAACUUGAGAAAGGUUAAUAUUGCACGAUCUACUAACGCACCUCGGAAGAGAAUCUGCACAGAGAAAGGAAGAUCUUUACCUUGGAAUAAGGCUAGUACAAGCAACACCCUCCCACCACCAGCUCCAAAGAUCUCGAGGGCUGGACCGGCUUCAAGAGACGAGGGACCGGAUUUUCGGUCCCUGCCUCCACGGCUUCCUUAG